CGAGAUGAGAUUAGCAUGCUAGAGUAGUCACUGAAGUUCCACCUUAAACACACGGCGCAGGUGAGAGGAAUGGACGCCUACUAUCUGCCGGCAGCUGUGAGUCAUCUGGUUUGCGCGAGCCGACGCUGCGCCUCUCAGUGGACGCUGUUCAUCAUUGUCAACGCUGAUGCAUGGACACCAUCCACGUGUUUUCUCACAGGAGCUGCACAAGGCAUCAAGUCCUUUUGCGGCCAGCGUACCGACUCAGUUACUACCACAUAUUGCAUUUGUGCUCCUUGCUGCAUCAUUUCUCCUUGCCUUCUACUUUACAACACUACCAAAGCGGUCACUAAGCGGGCAGGAGAUCGGCGUCGCGUUGACUGCAAGCGUCUCUAUUGGCUUCGGUGUUAUUGCAUUGUUCUGUGCUGUAGGGGUGUACGUAUAAAGACGAAGCAUAUUCAAAAGUAUACCAAUCAG